UAGCACUGGUGCAGUGCCCAGUGAUGUUCAAAUAUACCUUAGGGGGCACAGAGGACCAGAUCCUGCAAAUCCAGAUGUGUUGUGCAGCCAAAAGGCAACAGAUCAUGUGGUGAGUGUUUGGAAAUGUUUGGUAGGUUCUGUUUAUAUGGAUUUUUGUAUGUAAGAUUGCAUUGUUCUUUUGUAUGAGGCUGCAUAUGGCGAGGCGAUGACUAGUCAGCACGGACCAGACUAUGACUGGAGGACCUCACCUAUUGAUCCUCAGGCUGUGUAUGCAAGUGGUGGAAAAGCUCAUGGAAGGUACACAAUGUUUGCUAACGUCAUCGACUCGAGCCAGGUUAGGGUUCAGCGUGGAGGUUCAUCGAAGUCUGCUGCUCGUAGCUCCCGUCGCUCCACUCAAGAUCCAGCAGAAGUGGAGCAACUGCGAGAAGAACUUAGGCGACAUCAGGAUUACUUGAAGCAACAAGCUGUGCAACAUGAUUAUUAUGCUACACAGAUUCAGCAACAACAAACACUCAUACAACAACUAGCACAGGCCCAAGGGAUACACGUCCCGGUGCCCCCCCCCACCACCUCCCGUUCAUUAUCCUUGGUCUUCACCUCCACCUGUACCUACAUCUCCAUCUACCGAACAUCAGACAAUGAUUCAUCCAGUGACCUUGUUCCCCACAAUGGAAACAUCCACGGCCUCCUCCUUGCGCUGGCGCCGCCUAGUUGUUCUGGUUGGUUGCUAGAACAGGAAGGCAAGGUGCCUGGUUCUUCUAGCGGUAUUGCUACUAUUGCUGAGGGAACUGCCUAUGAUUCUGCUGCUGGUGCUAACGCUGAUGCUGAUGCUGGUGUCCAUGCGGGUGAUUCUGCUUGA